AUGCCGACGGUGAAGCCUACGUACGCCCUUGCCACGACUCUCUGCGUUAUCUGGCGGAGUGGCCGCGUUGUCGACAUGUCACCUGCCCGACGACUCACCGAGCCCGGAGUGGCGGGCAUAAAAAAGGAAACAAAUCGAAAGAUCAAAAGGACAAUCAAGGAGAAUACAUAA